AUGAUAAAGCCUUGUGACUUCCAAAUCAAAACUAAUGGUCCGCAGGCAUUUCUUUUGAAAGAGAAGAUCAGAUCAAAAUACUAUGGAAAGGUGAAGAAAAUCUUGAAUCAUCAAAAAAGAAGAUGUCAUGUGAAGGAGAUGGGAAUUAGGAUCAAUGAUUUCCCUAGAGGCUCAGAUGAGUUAGAGCUAGUUUCAAGGUUUUGUUACAACAAUGGUAAAAUACCAAUUGAUGUAGCUAAUGUGUCUCUUCUUCAUUGUCGUGCAAUUUAUCUUGGAAUGAUUGAGGAAUUUUUCAACAACAAUCUUUUGCAACAAACACAAACUUUUCUUAAGGGAAUUCAUUAG